CUGUCUGUGGGGCAUCCUCCUGGUGUGCAGGCUGCUCUCCAGCAGGAUGCAGCUCUCUCGUGGCAUCCUUGUGUUAUCCAGGUGGCCCAAGAAGAAGACACCUCCGUGCUAAGGCCAUGUCCUUGCUGCUGGAUGGCUGUCUGUGGGCAUCUGGAGGGAGGCCUCUGCACCCCUGGCUAGGAGGGAAGAGCUGAGAUCCUGAUCAGGCUUACAGAGACAAGGUGAGGAUUCUGUCCAGCUGCACUGGGACUGGGGCUUCUCUGCUUUAAGCUGUCUCCACUUCUUUGGUAACACAAGAGUGUGAUCAUUGUCCUAAGCAAAAGAAAAUCUGCCUUGCUCUACACUGUGGUUGGAGGUGUACUUUCCAACAACACCGCAAAGUUCAUGGAUCUGAUAAGUGGACUGAACUUGAGUUUCCCCCAUGUUCCUGCUUCCCGCCUGCUUCACAGCAGGAGGGACUCCUCUGGAGCCCACAGUAAUCCCUAUUCCCAGUGCCACUCUCAGACAGCAUCAGCUGGGACUCAAGUGAUAGAGCUGCAGAAAUGUUCUCUUGCAAAGAGAGAGGCUCAGGCGUGGGUUGCUCUAAGUUUUGUGAUAGGUUUUCCUCAUUGAAGUCUGUUCUAACUUUUUUCUGCCUUAUCCUCUUCAACAGACAACUGUGUCCAAUAUCAGAAAAUGCCCAACAGCAGCUCCAUCACCGAGUUCCUCCUCCUGGCAUUCGCAGACAUGCGGGAGCUGCAGCUCCUGCACUUCGCGCUCUUCCUGGGCAUCUACCUGGCUGCCCUCCUGGACAAUGGCCUCAUCCUCACCGCUGUAGCCUGCGACCACCGCCUCCACACCCCCAUGUACUUCUUCCUCCUCAACCUCGCCCUCCUCGACCUGGGCUGCAUCUCCACCACUGUCCCCAAAGCCAUGGCCAAUUCCCUCUGGGACACCAGGGCCAUCUCCUACACAGGAUGUGCUUCACAAGUCCUGUUUUUCAUCUUCUUCUUUGGUUCAGAGUAUUCAGUUCUCACCAUCAUGUCCUAUGACCGCUACGUUGCCAUCUGCAAGCCCCUGCACUACGGGAGCCUCCUGGGCAGCAGAGCUUGUGCCCAGAUGGCAGCAGCUGCCUGGGGCAGUGGCUUUCUCUAUGCUGUCCUGCACACUGCCAAUACAUUUUCAUUGCCACUCUGCGGAGGAAAUACCCUGGACCAGUUCUUCUGUGAAAUCCCCCAGAUCCUCAAGCUCUCUUGCUCUGACUCCUACCUCAGGGAAUUUGAGCUACUUGUUUUCAGUUUUUCUUUAGUAUUUGGUUGUUUUGUUUUCAUUGUGUUAUCCUAUGUGCACAUCUUCAGGACUGUGCUGAGGAUGCCCUCUGAGCAGGGCCGCCAUAAAGCCUUUUCCAUGUGCCUCCCUCACCUGGCUGUGGUCUCCCUGUUUGUCAGUACAGACAUGUUUGCCCACCUGAAGCCCCCCUCCAUCUGUUCCCCAUCCCUGGACCUGGUGGUGUCAUUUCUGUAUUCCGUGUUGCCUCCAGCAGUGAACCCCCUCAUCUACAGCAUGAGGAACCAGGAGCUCAAGGAUGCCUUGAGGAAACUGAUGACCUGA